GCGUGUGUUCGGACUUUGUUGUUAUAGAGUACACAAAGAUGGCGGGGGAGAAAAUGGUCAGAGAUAUAUCAGGCGUAUAUGCAAGGUUAUUUGACCACAGAGCUGUGUUACAAGCGGAAUGUAAAUACAUGCUUCGUGAAUUUGAGGGUAAAAGGAAUGACAGAGAGCUGGAAAGACUGCGAGAAAGCGAGCAAAAAAUACGACAAGUUCAAGAAGAAAUUCCAAAAUGCAUUACAGAGUCGGUAAAGUUGAAAGACCUUUUAGAAGAACUUAAAGUUGCUCGAGAAAAAUGCCAUGAGAUUUUGGUAAAGGAGGAACAAGACCUUUUCAAAGAAAGGAGGGAAGAAAUCUUUAGAGAAUCUAAGAAAAACUGGGAAACAUUCAUGGGAGAGAUCGCCGAAGAAGAAAAAAGGGUUGAAGAAGAAUUCGAACAAUCAGCCGAAAAAUUGAGGGCUAGAUACGGGGUCCAACUUGUUAGAAAUCCUAAGGAGCCGGACGAUAAAGGAGAACUGCAACCACAAGAAAUUGCAUAGGCAGAACAAAAACUGUUGAUCACGCAUUAGAAAAAGGGCUUACAGGGUCGUCAUUGCCUUCCCCCCACCAUAUAUACUUCUCGAACAUGUUUUGGAAUAAUGAGAUAAGUGAUAAUUAAUAAUAAGUAGAGUUAUAAAGCGCUUACUCUUAAUUAAUAAUAAUUUGAUGAUUUCUAUAGCGUGUUCUAACAUGACAAGAUGAUCCAAAGUGCUUACCAUCUUGGAAGGGGUAUUUGCUGGUUGAAAUAAGUUUAUCUAUUAAAUGUCAUGGCAUAUUAGAAAUCAGGUAAUGAAUGAAAUGUACAAUUUAUGCCAUUAUGAUGCUAGAGUAUACCUUUUUGCCAUUAUAGACAAAUUUGCUGUUGGCCACCUCUGUGAAUUCAAAAUCCUUGUCUUUUAGGGUAUAGUGCAAAUUCGAUCAACGAUCUAAACCAAUAGAUGGCUUUUAUGUUUUUACUGUCUUGGGGAAUUGAUUGGUCACACUAGUAUAAUUGAGCAUGUGCUAUUCCCAGACAAGAAAUGGAUUUGAAUUCUAGGUGGCUGCACAACAACAAAUUUGGCUAUAAAAUGUUGAUUUUGGUCACUUCUUUGUACUGCAAGUCAUGGGGUAAACUAUUUUGUUAUGAUAGUUGCUUGCAUUUUAGGGGAUGGUUAAUUAUUUUACAUGCUGACCAAGGAGGAAGCUUUUAAAGUUUGUUGCCUCAACUGAACUAUAUUCAACUCUUGUCACUAGGGACACCCUUUGGUCCAUUAAAAGUGAGGGUGUGUAAAAGGAGAUAAUAUAUUUUCUGUCAUA